CAUAUCUGAUAAAGGCAUCCGUAUCGAUGGUCAGGUUUCGUUUCACUCUGCGUUUGUCGCCAAGAUAGGAGCAAUUGACCUGGAUAUGCAGCGCUUCACUGAGACGCUUCUCGACACGGAAGUUUCGGUGUCGGCAUCCAUGAAGUGGCACGAAAUCGAUGUGGUGCUGGAUUUCGAAGCGAACCUGGUCGACUACACAGGCCCGGGGACGCUGCUGGUAACGUUCCGGCAGUUUGAUUUUCCUCUCAAGAUAACCAAGUACUUUAACGUCACGGAGCCAACGGGUUCGCUGCAAUUCAUGUCCAUCGACAACUCGAACAACAUUGUAACCGUCGGUUAUCCGAAUAAUAAACAUGUGCAGAUGAUUUCCCGGGCGGUUGUCACGAACUACGACUACCGCGAUCUUAUGAUUGCGUCGUUUAGGAAUUGGAAUUUUCAGAACGUACUUGCCCUGGCCAUCAGCGACAUACCGUUUCCGGAAGUGUGCUAUAACUGCUAA